AUGGCCGCAUUGCAUUCUCCUCCUAGAUUACCCACCCCUUCCUCCACUGCCAGUCGUCGUUCCGCGGCUCCUCCGGGACCCAAAUUGCGAGACAGCUGCCACGCCUGUGCAUCCUCCAAGUUAAAGUGUUACAAGGAAAAACCAACGUGCUCUCGUUGCGCAAAACGUGGCCUCACCUGCGAGUACGUUGCUACAAAACGUGGGGGCCGCAAGCACGACAAUCGAUCGAGCAUCAACAGCAACCGCAACAGCACAAGCAACAGCACCAGCAACAGCAACAGCAACAGCAACAGCAACAGCAAUACUCCUCCUGCUACCCCAGCUACCAAAAAUGUGACCCAGGCUGUGCCGCCAUUAAACGGCUGGUUUACCCCCAACUCCACGAUCUCGAACGCAGAUCCUCCGCCUUCACCAGGCAUUAUCCAUCCAUCUCCUAAACCGACCACGUCUGGCGGUUCUGCAAACCUCUUCCCGAAUCUCCUCCCCCCCGUGGACCAGUCCCUGGCUUCUGCCUUUACAGACCUGACCACCGACCUCGACGACUUUUUUGCCUCGCCUAUAUCCUUGUCCCUGCCCGAUACAUCCGAUACCGAUAUCCUGGGCCCGCCACACUUCUUUCCAACAGGCGUUGACAGCAGCAGCAAUGGUUCCACAAACCUUUUCGAUACCUUCCCCCUAUUCGAAGACGCCAUCUCGGAGUUCUUCGCCCCCACUUCCAACCCCCGCUCUCCCCCAAAUAGCCGCGCGUCCCCCACGAGCGACGCACAAAGCUAUCAAGACACCCACGUAAAUGACUCGCCCUGCUUCUGCCUGCUCCGAGCCCUUGGCCUCAUGAAGCAACUCUUCCCCAACCCCUCAACCGCUUGCAUGACCUCGGCUACACAAGGCCUCAACAAAUCCAGCAGCCUUCCGACAAUUCAAGAUGUGAUCGCCCAAAACGCGCAAACCAUCGAAGCGGUAAGCGCGAUGCUGCACUGCUCCUGCUCGCAGGACGCCUACCUGCUCACCAUCAUUUCGCUCAUCGUGUUCAAAGUGCUAGGCUGGUACGCUGCUGCGGCGCGCAAAGCCCCAUCCUCCGGCGACGGCAACCGCAGCAUGCAGAGCCCGUGCAUAUCCCUCUCACGCAGCUCGUCGCACUUGGAGGAGGUGCUCCAGGACUCCGCCGGGCGAGGACUCAGCGCGCAUGGCAGCGCAGCUUGUUCUUAG